CCCCUCCUCACCCACCUGCGCACAAAACUCCACCCCCUCGUAAGCAGCACAACCGGCCAGUCCCACCCCUCCUUCCCGCAGACCCUGCUGGCCUUCCACUGCCUCACCCACGCCCAGCUGGACAGUCUGGCGCGGCACUUCCACCAGGUUUAUCCGGCGGUACCGGCCACCGAGUACUACCCGAUCACGGUGCCGCCGUGGGUUGGGACGGAGGGGGCGGCGGAGGUGGAUUUGGAGGUCAAGCGGCGCAGGUUUGGGAGGUUUAUUGGGUUGAGGGGGUGUGAGUCGCCCACUUUGGAAUCUUCUGGUCAGGAGGGGAGGAAUGCGUGGACGCCGGAGGAGAUGCUGGCGCGCAUGGCGAAGGAGUGGGAUGCAGCCAUGGAGCGGGCGAAAUGGGAUUCCAACUUUGCGUUGCGGUGGAAGAUGGGGGGGUAG